AUGUUGCAGCCAUCACAGCUGCUCCUGGUGGCCUGCCUGCUGCUCCUUCUGUUGCACUUGGAGAAUGUCAGCGGUAAGCCGCCCACCAAGGAGCUGCCUCGCCCACUGAUUCCGCUGCAGGAGGAACAGGAGCAGGAGCUGGACUCCAAGACAGCAUUCCAGGGUCAGCGAAAUGGACGCUCACAGCGUCCCACCUUGAUGGAUGUGGCCCUGCAGCAAAGCGUGCGCCAGGGAUUGGAUGCCAUGGCCGACCUGUAUGGUCGCAUUCAGCCGGAGAUGCUUCGGAAUGGUCAAACCCUGCAGGACAAUCAUCCGGCUGCAAUGCUUUCCCGCUUCAAUGCCCCAACCACGGACUCGGAACGCCGGGAGAUGGCCGCCUAUGCCACCAUAGCUGCAGCCAAGGCCUUUCGGAAAAACUUCCAGCAUAUCGAUGAGCUGGCCCGCCAAUCGCACACGCAACGCAUCUCGUUGCGUCGGACAGCCUUGGAGGGUCUGUGUCCACCGCGGGAUCCGCCCCCGUGUAUGCCAGCCUCGGAGCGGUAUCGUACCCAUGAUGGCACCUGCAACAACAAGCGGCGUCCCAGGUGGGGUGCUGCCCAGAUGCCCUUCAAUCGAUUCCUGCCGCCGGAGUACGGAGAUGGCGUGGACACUGUAAGGAGUUCCGCCGAUGGCAGCACUUUGUCCUCAUCGCGAUUCGUGAGUUUGCUGGUCCAUGGAGCUAGGGAAGGUGAGGCGCCGCUUACUCUAAUGAUAGCCCAGUGGGGACAGCUGCUGGAUCACGACAUGACCUCAACGGCACAGCCACGCUCUAUCAACGGCUCCAUUCCCAGUUGCUGUGGGGGUAAGGACUUCCAUCCAGCUUGCUUCCCCAUCAAGGUGCCCCUGGAUGAUCCCUGGCUGGCGCCUCUCAAAGUGCGUUGCUUGGAGUUUCUGCGCUCGGCUCCAGCCCAGAGACGGGACUGUGUAUUGUCCUGGCGGGAACAGACCAACCAGGUGACCUCCUACAUCGAUGCCUCGCCCAUUUAUUCGAACAGUGCCAAGACCUCAGACAAUGCAAGAGUCUUCCGUCAUGGACUGCUCAUCUAUGGUCGUGGAGAUCCCGCCGAUGAUGUGUGCCAGCGGGGUGCCAUAGCCACCAAAUGUAUAAGGUCAGGAGAUGGUAGAAGUGGAGAGCAGCCGGGUCUGCUGGCCAUGCAUCAUGUCUGGGUGGGUGAACACAACCGAAUUGCCAUGGAGCUGAGCGAACUGAAUCCGCACUGGAGCGAUGAGAAGGUAUACCAGGAGACGCGUCGCAUUGUGGGUGCCAUGUUCCAGCACAUAACCUUCCGGGAGUUCUUGCCCGUCAUUCUGGGCAGGGAGGUGGCCAAGCUUUUCGAUCUGGAUCUGCUGCCCUCGGGCUACUACGAACGUUAUAGUUCCAAGGUGAAUCCCACGGUGGCCAAUGCCUUUGCUGCCGCCGCCUUUCGCUUUGGUCACUCGCUGGUCCAGAAUUCCUACACGAGAUGCGAUCGUCACCAUAAUGUGAUCAACAACAAUGUCAGUCUGCACGAGGAGUUCCAACGCGGUGACAUUGGCUCGGCAGGGUCACUCCAUCGCCUCUUGCGUGGUUUGGCCUCCCAGCGUGCUUUGAAAAGGGAUGAGUUUAUCACACCUGAGCUGACCAAUCACCUCUUCCAGACACCGGGCUUUCCCUUUGGCCUCGACCUGGCUGCCAUUAACAUUCAGAGGGGACGGGAUCAUGGGAUUGCCCCUUACAGUGCUUGGAGGGUGCCCUGUGGUCUCAGCCCCAUACACAGCUGGGAUGACUUUGCUAACGUGGUGGGUCCGGAGUCGGCUAAGCGUAUUGGCCACGCCUAUCGCAGCGUCCAUGACAUCGAUCUCUUUGUGGGCGGCAUCGCUGAGCGUCCUGUGGUGGGCGGCCUGGUGGGUCCAACCUUUGCCUGCAUCAUUGCCCAGCAGUUCAGCAAUGCCAGGCGGGGAGAUCGUUUCUGGUACGAGAACGGUGGCUUCGAGAGCUCCUUCACACCAGCCCAGCUGCACUCGCUGCGACGUGUGUCCCUGGCUCAGGUCCUCUGCCGAACGGUGGGCGGUGGCACGCUCCAACCCCAUGUGUUCAUCCCAGCAGAGUUCGAGGACAACGAGCGACAGAGUUGUGGAGUGGGCAGCCUGACGCCCAUCGAUCUGAGCCCUUGGCUGGAGCAAGAUCCCUUCCACAAUCAACAGGUGCCAGAGCAGGUAUUCAACAUGGGACAGCCGGAACUGGGCUCCGUGCAGGUCCUCAAGGAGGACAAGGCGGGCUUCUCGAACCGUGUGAGACCCACUAAGCCUCAGGUGGAACUUAACGCCAACUCCGGCACUGGUUUCCAUCGGCCCACGAAUGGCAGUCCCUCCAAAGUUAGCGACAAACUUGACCUCAAACGCAAGACUGUGACCACUACCAACAAGAACAGCAACAGUAACAACAACCGACAGACUACUCGCAAACCAGUGACUGGUGUCAACAACAAACUGGACAAAUCUCCAAAGAUCACCAUCAACCUAAAGACCGUGAAUGUACGCAGGCCAGAGGGAUCGGCUCCCAAGAGACGUGUGGUCAUAAACAAUGUGCCCGUCGAACUUCGAAGCUCAGGUGGUAAUGCUACCGACACGGAGACUGGUACAGGAACCUUGACUGAAGAAGAUGAGGACAAUGAAAAUGAGUUUGUAGAUGAAGAAGUAGAAGACAUGGAGGAAGUACCAGAGUUGAGGACUAGCCAGAAGGCAAGACAGACUAACUCAAACCAAACUGACACUACUACAAAAACUACUAAAGAGGAAUCCCCUCUUGGACAGAGUACAGAUAUCCCCAAGACCGAGCGACGUGACUCUAGAAAACUGGAAACCCAACAGGAGACGAAAACCCUAGACUCCCGACUAUUACACCUUCAACGCAAUCGCACCAGCACCCUGUCGGUACUCCAGACCAGCUCCACAGCCAGUUUGGGGCGAUCCACGCGACUGACCAAGGCACCCAAGACAAAUAAGCCGACCAAGCGGGGCGUCGAACUCAGACAAUACCAGAACAGACCGCUCUACGAGAGACCCCAGAAGGUGGUGGUCAACGGACCGAACGCCGACCAGUAUGAGAUCGAGAUCAACAUACGACAGACGAACAAGAGCCCCGGCUCGCGACCCUCCAUGACGGACUACUCGGAGUACACGACUGUCCACAAACCGUACUACGAAACGAAUUAUGCACCACACUAUGUGGACUAUGCGAGCACGACUCCCGUUCCUCUGCCGAGCUAUGGUUACCACCAGCCCCUGGCCGAGGUGAGCACUCAGGGACAGAGGACGAAGCCACCGACUAUUAUAUACCUGAACGACAACGACGACAGACGAACCACGACCCGAGCACCGAACAUCUUUCAAAACUUUUUGACCUUUGCCACGAACAGUUUUAAUCCCCUGGGGAACCGACGACCAAUGCCCACGACUCCUUCGCCCAUCUCCCAGAGCCACAAGGAACAGCGUCCCACCUUAGAGAACAAUGUUGUUCAUAGUCCCAUCAGCAUAGCUGGGAACUCGCACAUACUGACCGGAUCCUCCUCCUAUUCCCCACGACCGUCUUCAGUGCACUCCUAUCCGGUGUCCACCAGCUCCCAGAUAGGUGCCAAUCCCGCUUCCGGUUUUCUGCAUGCCUCCAGCAGCGCCGUGAGCGCUGGAAACUUUGGCAGCAUCUCUGGAGUGGCUAGUGCCAAUGGUGCGGACAGCACCUUUAGCUUCAAUAUACGACCACGACCUAGCCAGGAGUUGGGUUCAGCUGUGAGUUCCUAUCCGAGACCGCAGCAGAGCCAGGGGGGUGUAGUUGGAGGAUCCUACGGCCUUGUUGGGCCACCUUCCUACAGACCAGACUACCCGCCAGCACACAGUGAACUAUACUACGACAGAGAACUGAGCACGGACAGAAAUCCCAGUCCGUUCUCGGGCUCCAGUUCGAGUUCGAUCUACAGACCACAGACACAACUGCAGACUUUCUACGGACGGACACCGGAAGUCAAGGAGGCGGCCAACGGCAGCAACGAACUGACUCAGACCGAGCACAAACUCUACCUACAGGACUAUGACUAUGUGAGCAGAACCCUCUCGAACCUGACCACGGACGAAAGCAACCCGACUCCAGAUGAAGAAGACUACAACUACGACGAGGACUUACCUAGCAACGACCUGGACAAGACAGAGACCCGGAAGGAGACGGACCCAUCGGAAAUGUCUACCAAAAAGUUUGACAAGGACGGCUACAUGAGACCCCAACUGAUGCGCGACUCGACCAUCCACAACUCGACUGGAACGAACGUGACCUCUCUAGACGACAACUACGUAAUGCCCAUGCUGGCAAACAAGACGCAGACGAGCUACGUGACCGAGGUACCCAAGCCAAUGCUGUCCACCUCCAGCCGGACUGUGACGAACAGUAAGGUUACCGUCUUUCCCGACAGUCUGGGCAAGCAGCUGGGCAACGACAUACUGGCGGACGAGACGGAAGACUAUGACGAACGCAACUUGGAGGCACGCCAGAAGGCUCAGAGGCUCAAGCAGCUCGCGAGUGUGGCAUUCGCACCGAUCACAGUACUGACCAAACCGGACAGACCCGACAACUGGGUGAUCUACAACAAGGCCAGCGAGGAGCCACCCCUGCCGCAGCCACCGAUCAUCAAAUCAAAUGAUGUGGCACCCACCGGCGAAGUGCCCACGCCCAUCAAGAACUUUAAUAAUGCCUGGCGGAAGCAGGAUCUGAAGGCAGCUCAGCCGGAAACGACGCCGGUUACCAUCACAGCCAAGCUAGAGGAUGUGUCGACAAUAUCAACAACCACUGUGGCAGCAGCGGAGAGUAACUAGAAAUGCCAAAUUAGAUAACUUAUUUAUUUUAUUUAUAUAGUAAAAUCACGAAUUAAAGUCCAACUAUCAAUUAUUACCCCAACUGUGGUUUUAAUAGGAACUCAACUAGGGUUUAAUAAAGCUUCAAUUAAAGUUGGGAUACGAACCAAUCUCAAUGGAUUUCAACUUGAAUACUAACUAGUUUCAGCACAUUUGAACGAGGACACUAUUAUAGCGACCACUUUUUGUAGAAUCUGUAGAAUCUUUUUGCA